GCAGCGAGAGGCUCUCGGCAACGGCAGGAGGGCGAAGGAGGGAGGAGGAGGAGGAGAGGAUGGUGGCGGCGGAGGCGCUGGUUGCUGAAGGCGAAGGAUGGAGUCCGUAGACUAUGUAGAAGAACUUCCUGAAACAGAUGAGCCUGUCUGGAUCUUAGGAAGGCAGCACCAUCUUAAAACAGAAAAAUCUAAGCUUCUUUUGGAUAUAAGUGCUCGUCUUUGGUUUACCUACAGAAGAAAAUUUUCACCAAUUGGUGGCACCGGCCCUUCCUCAGAUGCUGGCUGGGGCUGUAUGCUGCGAUGCGGACAGAUGAUGUUGGCCCAGGCUCUGAUCUGUCGACACUUGGGGAGGGAUUGGCAUUGGGAGAAACACAAAAGGCAACCUGAAGAAUAUCACAAAAUCUUACGCUGUUUCCUGGACAGAAAAGACUGCUGUUAUUCUAUCCAUCAAAUGGCACAGAUGGGUGUUGGUGAAGGGAAGUCUAUUGGGGAAUGGUUUGGACCAAAUACUGUUGCCCAAGUGCUCAAGAAACUUGCACUAUUUGAUGAAUGGAAUUCCUUAGCCGUUUAUGUGUCUAUGGACAACACAGUUGUGAUUGAAGAUAUCAAGAAGAUGUGCCGGUUUCCAUCCCAGAACUGUUCCAGUACCCACUGCAGCUCCCUGUCACACAGGAGUGUGCUCAGCCGAAACAAGAGCCCUAUGGGAAUCUGCUGUGGUUGGAAGCCGCUGCUGCUGAUUGUACCUCUUCGCUUGGGGAUAAACCACAUCAAUCCGGUUUAUGUUGAUGCUUUUAAGGAGUGUUUUAAGAUGCCACAAUCUUUGGGAGCUUUAGGAGGAAAACCAAACAAUGCCUACUACUUUAUAGGAUUCUUAGGAAAUGAGUUGAUCUACUUGGACCCUCACACCACACAGAUUUUUGUAGAUUCUGAAGAAAAUGGUGCUGUAGAUGACCAUAGCUUCCAUUGCCAGCAAGCACCACAUCGGAUGAAGAUAAUGAAUCUCGAUCCCUCUGUAGCUUUAGGAUUCUUUUGUAGAGAAGAAAAGGACUUUGAUAACUGGUGUAGCCUUGUGCAAAAGGAAAUACUUAAGCAGCAGAGUCUGCGAAUGUUUGAGUUGGUUCAAAAGCAUCCACCGCACUGGCCCCCUUUCAUACCUCCUACAAAGCCAGAAGUAACCACAACUGGAGCAGAGCUCAUUGAGUCCACUGACAAACUAUUUGAAUCGGAAGAAGAGUUUGAGAUCCUGAGCGUCUGAAGGAAGCUUCAGUUGACCUUGUGUGUGCCCAUGUGUAGCAUAUGAAUUGACUAAGACCACGGCAGCCUUUUCUCGCCCCAAAGUGCCUGCAUAUAAACAGUGAACAGAGCACAAGAAAUGACCAGUAACUGGAACUGAGGACAACAGUUUUGAAAAGAACUUCCCAGAAGUGAAAGUGGACAUACCCCUUGCCCCAGCCCCCCACCCCCCCAGUUUUUUAAGAAUGUAUCUUGCCUGAGGAAAAUGAAAUUUUGGGGGAUGAAGGCAAUGAUGAUAUUGAAGUAAAGACUUCUAUAUUGCUGGGAAUUGCCUUGAAGGCAUUGAUAUCUGGAUGGCUAUUAUUACUCAGUGUAGUAUAAUGCAAGAGUUCUGUUCACACUGAAAGCAUGAUGUAGAGGUAAAGGUGUGUGUUUACCUCUUGUUUCUUCACCUGGACUGUUUCAUAGGAAUAAAUGUUUUUAUAAGAUCAACUGCAUCAGGGAAAAAAAGACCCAAUGGUUUUGUUUAAAUACAUUUCUGCAACCACACUUCAAAAAUAAACAGACCUAAAUGUU